UUGACAGCCCUCCCGCCCGACCGAACCUUCGUCUCUGUUGCACACUUCGGAACCGGUGCAUGGGCAGUCACAGGAAAACUGACCGCUCGUGACCCUGAUGGCUGCGAGGAGUAUUACUUCCUCAAGAUCGCGUAUGGAGAAACUGGCCGGAUCAUGCUUGGCGGCGAGUACGAGUCGUCGAAGACGAUCUACCAGAUCAUGCCGGAUUUCAUCCCCAAACCGAUCGGCUACGGCAAGUAUUAUUCCUCCCGGGAAUGGGAUACCUACUUCUACCUCUCCGAGUUCAUUCAUGUGGACAUCGUGGUGCGCUCGCCAAACGCGGCCGAGUUCACCAGCCGCCUUGCGCAGAUGCACAAGCUGAGCAGGUCUCCGACGGGGAAAUUCGGGUUCCACGUACAGACCUGCGACGGGGACAGGGCACACGUCGUCGACUGGCAGGACAGCUGGGCCGUGUUCUUCAGGAACCUGUUCCUGGGCGUCUGUGAUCUUGACCUCAAGCGGAACGGGCCGUGGCCGGAGUACGAACUCGCCAUCAAACAGGUGGCAUACAAGGUCAUCCCCCGCCUCCUCGAGCCCCUGCAGGCAAACGGCCGAGAGCUUAAGCCGUGCAUCAUUCACGGCCACCUCUGGGACGGAAACGUGGGAAUCGACAGUGCCACGGGACAAAGCAUCCUCUUUGACGCGGGCUCGUACUUUGCCCACAACGAAAUGGAACUG